AUGUUCUAUGCUUGUCUGGCCACGCUAUUCUGUCUGAUUGUCGGCACAACUGGAAUCGCCCUCAGCCUCAUCGAUAUCGAUCGCUACAAUUUUGGACUCUAUUUGGCUCUCCUUUCCGUGGUCGGAGCCACCGUAUCCGUGGCCUUUUGGAUCAUCUCGCCAACGAUUUGCGCCAAUCCGCGUUGUGUACAGGGGAUCGUAGAUAGAUACGGCUACAAGCUCGACCCUCUACGCAACUUUACGACAAAACAUUUUGGGCAGACGCGAGAAAGUCGCCGCGAGAAAAUGCGAACGCAACGCCGGGAGCUACUCGGGGUUGAGCCAAGGGAUGUGGCGGAAAGUCGAUUCCGGAAAAAGAAGUCAAAAAGG